CAGAGGUUUCAUACACCUGAAAGAAGAGAAUGUCAAGACGAAGCACCCGUUUACAAGCUAAGCAGCAUGCCCAGCCCAGCCAGCCAGAUUCCCCCCAAGAAGCCCAGAUAAUCCAAGUCAAGAAGAGAAAAACAGCACAGGAUGUCAAAAACAGAAGAGAAGAGAAGGUCACCAGGAAACAUCAAUAUGAGAUCAGGAACUGUUGGCCACCUGUAUUAUCUGGGGGAGUCAGUCCUUGCAUUCUCAUUGAAACACCCCACAAAGAGAUAGGAACAAGUGACUUCUCUAGAUUUACAAACUAUAGAUUUAAAAAUCUUUUUAUUAAUCCUUCACCUUUGCCAGAUUUAAGCUGGGGAUGUUCCCAGGAAGUUUGGCUAAACAUGUUAAAAAAAGAAAGCACGUAUGUUCAUGACAAGAAUUUCGAAGUUCUGCACUGUGACCUAGAGCCACAGAUGAGAUCAAUACUUCUAGACUGGCUUUUAGAGGUAUGUGAAGUAUACACACUUCAUAGGGAAACAUUUUAUCUUGCACAAGACUUUUUUGAUAGAUUUAUGUUGACACAAAGGAACAUAAAUAAAAACAUGCUUCAACUUAUUGGAAUUACCUCACUAUUCAUUGCUUCGAAACUUGAGGAAAUCUAUGCUCCCAAACUCCAAGAGUUUGCUUAUGUCACUGAUGGUGCUUGCAGUGAGGAGGAUAUUGUAAGGAUGGAACUCAUUAUACUAAAGGCUUUAAAGUGGGAGCUUUGUCCUGUCACAGUCAUCUCCUGGUUACAUCUCUUUCUCCAAGUUGAUGCUCUUAAGGAUGCUCCUAAAGUUCUUCUACCUCAGUAUUCUCAGGAGACCUUCAUCCAUAUUGCCCAGCUUUUAGAUCUCUGUAUUCUAGCCGUGGACUCAUUAGAGUUUCAGUACAGAAUACUAGCUGCAGCUGCCUUGUGCCAUUUCACCUCUAUUGAAGUGGUUAAGAAAGCUUCAGGUUUGGAAUGGGACAACAUUUCAGAAUGUGUAGACUGGAUGGUACCUUUCGUCAGUGUAGUAAAAAGCACUAAUCCAGUGAAGCUGAAGACUUUCAAAAAGGUACCUAUGGAAGACAGACAUAACAUCCAGACACAUACAAAUUAUUUGGCCAUGCUGGAUGAAGUCAGUUAUGUAGACACCUUUAGAAAAGGGGGACAGCUGUCACCAGUUUGCAAUGGAGGCAUUAUGACACCACCGAAGAGCACAGAAAAGCCACCAGGAAAACGCUAAAGAUGUCAAUUAAGCAAACAAGUUGGAAUUGAACAAUAUUAGCUUGAAUCUACUAAAGUUUUUAACAAAACACCUUUGAUUAUUAUUGCCAAUUCAGACAUUACAUUGCCAUUCUUUGACUUAAAAAACACUUAAGAUUGGCACUAAAGAAGAAAUGUACUUCCUGUAUUAGCUGUUAAAGAAGCAGCAGGACAUGUUUACAAAGAUGACUUCGUUUCCAGGGUUACUGGACAGAAGCCAACCAUGAUUUAUGCCAUGGCAAUUUGGGUUUUUCUGGAUGCAGCGUUACUGUACUUGUCUUGAUAAAUAGGACUUUCAUCAUUGACCUUUUUGGACUAGGUAAGUGCUACCUUAAAGAGUACAACUUUGAAUCUAGCUUUUAGAUUCUUAAAAUUCCUAUACUCUUGACUAGUGCAAUUUGGUUUUUGAAAAUGAAAUUUAAAUCUGUUUACAAAGAUGUAGUUUUGUAAUAAGGUGACUAACUUAUCUAAAGCUGUCGUAGGAAGCUAUUGUAAAACUUGAAUUUUUAAAAAUGGUAAAAUUAGUUUUUAGCUAGUUUGACUUACCGUAUUUUUAAUCAGUAAGGCAUCAACAAACAUGAUGUUAAACUGCUCUAAACAGUGGAGGUACCAAAGAAAUUAUACCAAGAUAAAUGCUGUGGCUCCUACUCGGGGCGUUAUUAGAGCUAGGUUGUUCUGUCAUAACCUUUUUUGUAUAUCACAAUUCGGGUGAAAAACUUAAGUACCUUUUCAAACUAUUUAUAUGAGAAAGUCACUUUAUUACACUUAAGAUAUCCCUGUGGAUGUUUUUUAAAUUUAGCAUUACUAAGGCUUUAUUUAUGUUUCCAAAAUUGUUAAAAGUCCAUUUUAAAUUUCUAC